CAAAAACUAACAUAUGCCACUGUGGAGAGAUGUGUGACACAUUUGGAAGCUAAAACUACAGAUUCUUAAACAAAACAAAACCAACUGUGUUUUAUUGUUGUCUUGCAGCGCUCCAGUUACUUGAUAUUCUGCCAAAGUUAAGUGACGUGUACGUGUGUGGUGUGCAGGGAACAGGAGGAUGAAGACUUGAUCAUUCAAUGUGAAACUUUUGAAGAGACGAUGGCUGAAGAUGAGGAGGAGCUGCUGCGGGUCUAUGGGGGCAUUGACAUGAGCGAUCACCUCGAGGUUUUCACUACGCUCUUUAACAAGGUGAGCAGCUCUCCAGCGUCUCUCCAGCUGCUGUCCAUCCUGCAGACGUUGCUGGUGCUGGGGCCCGGCCGUUCGGAUAUCUGGCUGGCUCUAGAGGCCAUCACUAACCGAGCCAUACUGAUAGCCCAGGACUCUCAGAUGGAGUCCUGUGAGAAGAUAAUGCAGCGGCUGAUGUUUUCCAAAGGCAAGAGCUGUGACGGUCAUCAUGAGGUGGACGGGCAGCUCGUGAAAGUAGAUAAGGCCGUGCAGACUGACCUGGAACAUCAGGAGAAAGAGAAAAGCAUAACAUCCUCUCUGAAGCCAAUUUGUGCCUCUCCUCCACCACCACCACCACCACCUCCUCUACCCCCUAUGACAGGUCCCCCGCACCAACCUUUUAACCAGUGCUCACCACCUCCUCCUCCUCCUCCUCCUCCACCGCUACCUGGAGGGUUUGGUGGACCCCCUCCACCUCCUCCCUUGCCUGGAAUGCCACCACCACCACCACCGUUGCCUGGCGGUCCAGGCAUGCCACCCCCACCCCCACCACCACCCCUACCAGGAAUGGGUGGCGGACCACCACUACCACCUCCCUUACCUGGCAUGCCACCUCCACCUCCCCCUCCCCCAGGCAUGAUAGUGGCUCAGAGUAGCCAGGCCUUGGGGUGCGCUGCACCCACAAAGGCAAACCGAUGCCCCACCCUGAGGAUGAAAAAGCUCAACUGGCAGAAACUCCGCACUGUUACUGAUGGUCACUCCAUGUGGUCAUCAGUUCAGAAAGCGCCUCAUCCUCGGGAGCCAGACUACGGCAGUAUCGAGCAGCUGUUCUGUCUCCCGGUGACUGAGCACAAGGACAAGGGGGCAGCUGCUCCUGUCAAGAAGGAGCCUAAAGAGAUUACGUUCAUUGAUCCAAAGAAAAACUUGAAUUUGAACAUAUUCCUAAAGCAGUUCAGAUGCUCAAAUGAGGACUUUGUAGCCAUGAUUCAGAAUGGGGAUCGUAGUAGGUUUGAUGUAGAGGUGCUAAAACAGCUUCUUAAGCUCUUACCAGAGAAGCAUGAGAUUGAAAAUUUGAAGUCUUUCCAAGGAGAAAAAGACAAGUUGGCAAAUGUUGACCGCUUCUACACCUCCCUUAUCACUGUGCCAUGUUAUGAGUUGAGGAUUGAGUGCAUGUUGCUCUGUGAGGAGACUUCAUCAGUGGUGGAUAUGCUCAAACCUAAAGUCAAGCUGGUGGAGGAGGCUUGCCAGUCUCUCAGAAAGAGCACGCUCGUGCCCAGUUUCUGCAAGCUCAUCCUUGACGUUGGCAAUUUUCUCAACUAUGGAAGUCACACAGGAAAUGCAGAGGGGUUCAAGCUCAGCUCUUUGCUCAAGCUUACAGAGACCAAGGCCAACAAGAGCCGCAUUACGCUGCUUCAUCACAUCCUAGAGGAAGCAGAGGCCAACCACCCGGAGCUGUUGACCCUGCCAGAUGAUGUAGAGAUCUGUGAAAAAGCAGCAGGAGUUAAUCUGGACUCUGCUCAGUCAGAGGCCACUGCCUUACUAAAACGACUGAAUGAGACGGCCAAGAAGGUUUCCAACUCUGUCGAAGAGAUAAAGGAGCAAUAUGCUAAAGUUCUUGAGGAAAGUCUGGAGGCAUGUCAAGCUUUAAGUGACCGGUUCACUGCACUUGAGAAGAAGAAGAGUGAGCUGGCUGUCUACCUAUGUGAAGAUGCCAAUCAGCUGUCGCUUGAGGAACUUUUCGGAACCAUCAGGUCUUUCAGAGGACUAUUCCUCAAGGCACUGAAGGAAAACAAAACUAGGAGAGAGCAGGCAGCUAAGACUGAGAAGAGGAAGAAGCAGCUGGCAGAGGAGGAGUCCAAGAGACAGAAAGGAGAGAAUGGAAAAAUCAUCAAGAAAGGCUUCGUACCACAAAAUGACGGCUGCAUCAUCGACCACCUCCUGGCGGAUAUCAGGAAAGGUUUCAGCCUAAGAAAGACCAGGCCAAGGUGCGAUUCGGCAAGCCUCCCUUCUAGUGAAAUGCGUAGGGAUACCUGCCCAUCUGGAUCAAGUGUGACGCCUGUAGACGAAAAAGCCGUAGAAAUAGCCGCCAUAUCCGCAUCCAGCAAACGUCAGACAGAGGGUCACAAGGCCAGCACAAGCGAAAUGAACGGCUUCGUCAGCCCAUCAGAAGACACUCCGCCAGCACCCCGGAGUGGGAUGCAAGAGCGACCAGCUGUACCCCCCGAUGCACUCCCAGGAGAGCCAGCCAUGACAAUGCAGACACCCCUGGAAAGACCUGCGUCGCUGCAGGAGGAGCAACGCUCACAGAAACCUGCAGUAUCGCCCCGAGAUUCAACACAACCUCAGCUUAUAGCGGAACACCAACCAUGUCUCCCCACAAAAGGCUUUUCAUUGGACUCAACUGAAACCAGCGCCCUCAGCCCAUCUUCCCUCUCUGAUUCUGACCUGCUAGAGGCUGCGUUAGAUGGCACUUCCAGCCUGGUGUCUGAGAAGCUGACUGCUGAGGAGCCAGCGGAUGUUAGCGUUAAUGUUCCGAUAAAGGAAAGUCCUUUACCUGAUGCAGACAAAGUGACGCAGAGUAGUGCAGACAGCAUAAUGGCAGAUGGGAAAGGUGAAACUACUAAUAAAAUAAACCGCUUAGCAGAGACUGUAGGACAAGAGGAGGGUCGAGAAGAGAGGAAAUGCAUUAUUGUAAAAACGUCCGUGACUUCACUCGCACUCGGUGAGGGCAUCGAAGGGUGCGACGUCCCAGAUGGACUGCAAUCAGAAGAUCUGCCAUCAGUGUCUGGAGCAGUGCCUCCAUCACCCGAACCAAAGAAAAAGCAGAGCUUCUAUAAACGAAACAAAAAGAAGAGUAAUCAAGGUAACCAAUCCAUUAACUUAAAUAAAGAUCACGUUUGGAAUGCUAGUCUCUUGAUGUUUCUUAAGUGGAAAUCCUUAUUUUUUGUUUUUACUGUAUUUAACAUUUUAUAUUUUAUGUUUGGUGUAUUUUUGUGUGUAUUCGUAAGUACUCUUGCAUGACAACAUACAUUUUAUUAAACAGUAUGGAUGCAAUGUGCAGAACUUGAUUUGCAGAUUUAA